AGGCGUUAACAUGUUGUUUUGCUAGCGGGUUUUUUGAUUUUUUUUUGUACAGAGAUAAUAAAAUUGACCUUAUCUUAUUUGAAAGCUAAGACAAAAUUAACUCAUGAGAGAUAAAACUGCGAAAGGGGAAAAUUGAAAGAGAUAAAGCAUUUAAAUGAAAAGAUACACAUUUCUUUUCUUCAAAAUUGUAACUGGAAACUUUAAAACAUGUCGAGUCCAUCAAUUGCAGUCGUAGGAGGGUGCAUCGUUGAUUUAAUCAGUUAUACUGUUAGAUUUCCACGCCCAGGAGAAACACUUGCUGGACUCAAUUUUGCAAAAGGAUGUGGGGGAAAAGCUGCAAACCAAUGUGUGAUGUCAAAGAAACUUGGUGCAUUGACUGCUAUGAUAGCUAAACUGGGUGAUGACAGUUUUGGUGUAGAAUAUUUAGAAAAUCUGAAACAGAUGGAAAUAAAUACUGAAUUUGUUACAUUUUCUAAAACCUCCCAUACCAGUACAGCAUCCAUUGCAGUAUCUAAUGAUGGGCAAAAUACUAUUAUCUAUGUGCCUGGAGCAAUCAUGGAGUUGAAACCAUCAGAUAUAUAUGAUGCUGAAAAUUUGAUAAGUAAAGCAAAGGUUUUGCUGUGCACUUAUGAAUGCCCUUUGGAUACUCUGUUUACUGCUUUUGAACUUGCUAGAAAAUAUGGUGUGAAAACUGUUCUUAAUGCCGCUCCAACGACUGAUGCAACUUAUGAAAAGUUGUAUCCUUUAGUUGAUAUUAUUUGUCUCAAUGAAAUAGAGGCACAAGAUGCAACUGGCUUGCCACUGAAUGAUGUAUCAGACUGUGUUGAGAUAUUCAAAAUUCUUCAUAAGAAAGGUUGUUCAACUGUAAUCCUCACUUUGGGUUCUAAAGGUGCCGUUUUUAAAAGUAAAAACCAAGAAGAUUUCAGUUACAUAUCUGCAAGGACUGUGAAAGCUGUGGAUUGCACUGGUGCUGGUGAUGCAUUCAUGGGCAGCCUUGUCUACUUUCUUUCUGAGUAUCCUGAUAUGGAUCUUUCAACUAUUAUAGGGAAAUCCUGUGAAAUUGCCACUCUUAGUGUCUUAAAAAAAGGCACACAAUCCAGUUUUCCUAACAGAGAAGACAUUCCAGAAGAAUUUUUCAUGCAAAAAUAAUUAUUAAUUUAUUAGUUUUUAUGGAAAAUUAUCAAUAAUAUAUUUAAAUAUUUUGAUUGUAAUUGCAAAUAUAUAUAAAUAAUCAAAUGACAAAAAUUUUACAAAUUUUUUUUCUGUAUGAAUGACACAGAUGUUAAUAUUAAUUUUUUCUUUUGGAUACUGAAAAGAACUAUCAUAUCAGUAAAGCAGGUUUCCUUACCAUGUUUUCUUAUCACAUGGAAUACACCUUUCUCUCAAACCCUAUUUUUUGUUGUCAAAUAAUUGGUUAAUGAAGAAAGGUAAAAAUAAUAAAAUGAUAAACAAAAGAGAAGUUAAUUUUCUAAUAAUUUAAAAAUUGGAGAAAGAGUUUGGAUUUCUGAGUUUUCAUACUGAUCAUCAACUUAAUAUGUUUGGAGAUAUUAAUACUGUGAAUUAAUUUUAAUUUUGACAAAAAUGAUAUGAAUCUAAAACAUUUAAAUUCAUAAAUCCCAUUCCCAUGAAUUUAAAUUCUAAAUUGCCUGAAAUUUUUGAAAUUAUUAAGUAUGUUCAGUAACAGCUAACUAAUUUAUCAAGUGUUCUUCUACUGUCUGCAAAUGUGUUAAGAGUUAUUUUGAUGCUUUUGUAUCUUUAGCCCACAUAGCUGAUGUUUUUAUAUAAAUUUCUAUCGUAUGAAAUAUAACUUGAAUAUGUUCUGCUAUAUUUAUAUUAUUUAAUAUAUAAAUGUUGUAUCCUUUUAAUUAUUAAACAAAAUAAUUUGAUUUUAUGACCAUUUUACCUAAUAUUUUUUAAAAACAUUUUUAGUUUACAAAUAAAAGCAAAAUAAAUAAAUAAAUAAAAAUAAAAUAACUGACUAUCUCAAAGAGAAUUCCAAAAGUUAAAUUUUUUUUGUCAUUUUCUUUUAAAUUUAAAUAAUGAUUGUGAUGAAUAAUCAGCCUUUUAGAAAAUAAUUUUAUUCUGUAAUUAUAAAAAAUAAAUAAUUAUACAGAAUUAAUUAUAA